GCCGCCCCCUGCCCAGCGUCCGCGUCUUCGCGGCGCCGCUUCAGCGCCAAUAUUCCGGAGAGCAAGCGUUACGCGGCGGCGGCGGGGCCCGGAGCGGGAGGCGCCGGGGACCGGGGAGAGGCGACCCCCGCCGCCGCCAUGGAGGCGCUGGGACCCGGACCUCCAGCCAGCCUCUUCCAGCCACCCCGGCGUCCUGGCCUUGGAACUGUUGGGAAACCCAUUCGACUGUUAGCCAAUCAUUUUCAGGUUCAGAUCCCUAAAAUAGAUGUUUAUCACUAUGACGUGGAUAUUAAGCCAGAAAAACGGCCUCGUAGAGUUAACAGGGAGGUAGUAGACACUAUGGUGAGACACUUCAAGAUGCAAAUAUUUGGAGAUCGGCAGCCUGGCUAUGAUGGCAAAAGAAACAUGUACACAGCACAUCCACUGCCAAUUGGACGGGACAGGGUUGAUAUGGAGGUGACCCUCCCAGGUGAGGGUAAAGACCAAACUUUCAAAGUGUCUGUGCAGUGGGUGUCAGUUGUGAGCCUUCAGCUGCUCUUAGAAGCUUUGGCUGGACACUUGAAUGAAGUCCCAGACGACUCAGUCCAAGCACUGGAUGUUAUUACAAGGCAUCUCCCCUCAAUGAGGUACACUCCAGUAGGCCGUUCUUUUUUCUCACCUCCUGAAGGUUAUUACCACCCUCUGGGAGGGGGUAGAGAGGUCUGGUUCGGCUUUCAUCAGUCUGUGAGACCUGCCAUGUGGAACAUGAUGCUCAACAUUGACGUAUCUGCAACCGCCUUCUACCGGGCUCAGCCUGUCAUUGAGUUCAUGUGUGAGGUACUAGACAUUCAGAACAUCAACGAACAGACAAAGCCCCUGACAGACUCCCAGCGGGUCAAGUUUACCAAAGAAAUUAGAGGUCUCAAAGUUGAGGUGACUCACUGUGGACAGAUGAAACGAAAAUACAGAGUUUGUAACGUGACAAGAAGACCAGCCAGUCAUCAAACCUUCCCUUUACAGCUAGAAAACGGUCAAGCUAUGGAAUGUACAGUAGCUCAGUAUUUUAAGCAAAAGUAUAGUCUGCAGCUGAAAUACCCCCAUCUUCCCUGUCUUCAAGUGGGGCAAGAACAAAAGCAUACGUACCUUCCACUUGAGGUCUGUAACAUAGUGGCAGGACAGAGAUGUAUAAAGAAGCUUACGGACAAUCAGACAUCCACAAUGAUCAAAGCCACAGCAAGGUCUGCUCCUGACAGACAGGAGGAAAUCAGUAGACUGGUGAAAAGCAAUAGCAUGGUGGGUGGACCUGACCCAUACCUGAAGGAAUUUGGAAUUGUUGUCCACAACGAGAUGACGGAGCUCACGGGCAGGGUGCUUCCAGCUCCAAUGCUCCAGUAUGGAGGCCGGAAUAAAACAGUAGCCACACCCAACCAGGGUGUCUGGGACAUGCGAGGAAAGCAGUUUUAUGCUGGCAUUGAAAUAAAAGUAUGGGCAGUGGCUUGUUUUGCGCCUCAGAAACAAUGUAGGGAAGAUUUGCUGAAGAGUUUCACUGACCAACUUCGUAAAAUCUCCAAGGAUGCAGGAAUGCCCAUCCAGGGUCAGCCAUGUUUCUGCAAGUAUGCACAAGGUGCAGACAGUGUGGAGCCCAUGUUUAAACAUCUGAAAAUGACAUAUGUGGGCCUGCAGCUAAUAGUGGUUAUCUUGCCUGGGAAGACACCAGUAUAUGCGGAAGUGAAACGCGUUGGAGACACCCUUCUGGGCAUGGCCACACAGUGUGUCCAGGUCAAAAAUGUUGUGAAGACCUCGCCCCAAACCCUCUCCAACCUUUGCCUGAAGAUAAACGCAAAGCUUGGGGGAAUUAACAAUGUGCUUGUGCCUCACCAGAGGCCCUCAGUGUUCCAGCAGCCUGUUAUCUUCCUGGGAGCUGAUGUCACUCAUCCGCCUGCCGGGGAUGGAAAGAAGCCUUCUAUUGCAGCUGUGGUGGGCAGCAUGGAUGGCCAUCCGAGCCGCUACUGUGCCACAGUCCGGGUGCAGACGUGUCGGCAGGAGAUUGCCCAGGAGCUCCUCUAUAGUCAGGAGGUUGUGCAGGACCUGACAAGCAUGGCUCGGGAGCUACUGAUCCAGUUCUACAAGUCCACGCGCUUCAAACCCACUCGCAUCAUCUACUACCGUGGAGGAGUAUCCGAGGGACAGAUGAAACAGGUAGCUUGGCCGGAGCUAAUAGCAAUUCGAAAAGCAUGUAUAAGUUUGGAGGAAGACUAUCGGCCAGGAAUAACCUAUAUUGUGGUGCAAAAGAGACAUCACACGCGACUCUUCUGUGCAGAUAAGACAGAAAGGGUGGGGAAAAGUGGCAAUGUCCCAGCAGGCACUACGGUGGAUAGUACCAUCACACAUCCAUCUGAAUUUGACUUUUACCUCUGUAGUCAUGCAGGAAUUCAGGGAACCAGCCGUCCUUCACAUUACCAGGUCUUGUGGGAUGACAACUGCUUCACUGCAGAUGAACUUCAGCUACUGACUUACCAGCUCUGCCACACCUACGUGAGGUGCACACGCUCAGUCUCCAUUCCUGCUCCGGCGUAUUAUGCCCGGCUUGUAGCAUUCCGGGCAAGGUAUCAUUUGGUGGAUAAAGAUCAUGACAGUGCGGAAGGCAGUCAUGUGUCAGGACAAAGCAAUGGCCGAGAUCCUCAGGCCUUGGCUAAGGCUGUGCAGAUCCACCACGAUACCCAGCACACUAUGUAUUUUGCUUGAGAGUCUUGGAAAAGAACUCAACCAAUUUGGCAUCCCACACAUCUUCAGAAUGUUUCAGAUGCCGACUGCCUCUAGAGAGUGCCACAGUGAUUCAGGUGGUCCCUGCAGGCAGCUCUGAACAGGUGCACUGAGUCUGUCUGUACUCUGCAGCACUGUCUGAUGCAUCAACAAAACUGAGCCAUUUAAAAAGAAAAAGAAAGGAAAUAGAUCCUCAUAGAUUAUGUCUUCUGAUGCACUGGGCAGAAUUUUUACCUCAACGUGUAGGCUGAUGAGCCUUGACUUUCUAAAGGACUUUCAAAGAAGCGGGGUUCCUGUGGGAUGUUUUGCUAGCUGUGGUAUUCACCGC